AUGAUAAUUGUUUGUUUAAUAUUAUUAUCAUAAUGUACAUUUGGUAAAAUUGAUCAAUGUUUAGAAAAUUCAAAUUACUUGGAUUGUAUAUCAAGUGAAUAAAUUUAUUGUAAAUAUUUUUAAUUUAAUUUAGGUAUUUGGGAUUAUGUAUUUGAAUAAUGUAAAGAAAGUGAUAAUUAUUUAAUUGGAUGUAGUAUUUAUAUAAAUAAAAUUGGUUGCAUUUCUUAACUUGGAUCAAGUAUUACAAAAGUUGUAUAUUGUAUAAACUUUAUUAAAAUAAGGCAAGUUCGAUGAAAAUUGUUAAUAAAUAAUUGAUUUGGAAAAUGAAUAAUGUUCAAAUAAUUUAAAUAGAUAUGGAUGUUUAGCAAUACGUAAUCCUUUUUCAAUUUGCAAAUGGGAUAAUCAUAAAUGUUUUACUGUGACAGGAGAGGAUAUUAAGAAUAUAUAAUAAAAUUUUAAUACUGCAUAUUACAGUAGUAAUGCUUGUCAAUAUAUAACAAAUUAUUUAAUAAUUCAUCAUACUGUUUUAUGGGAAUUAUUAUCAUAUGAACCAGAUUUGGAGAAAGAGGCAAAUGAAUUUAUUUUGAAAUCAACAAAAAAUGUAGAUUAAGAUUUAAAUUAAUUAUAAAAUAGUUAUUCAAGAAAUGAUGUAUUUAAAUAAUUUGAAUUUGGAAAUUAAUAUUAGAUAGAGAGUAAUAGAUAUCGUUUAGGAUGCAAUGCAAUAGAUAUAAGAGAUGAUGAGGAUUUUAAUAUUAUUAUAAAGGAUUAAUAUGAUACUUUCGGAGUCAAUCAUCUUUAUUGUAAAUAUUUAGAAUUGAAGAGAAAUAAUUUAAUAUUUAUAAAUGGAAGAUGUUAAGAAGUGAAUCCAGAAAUAUUAAUUACAACUUAAUUCAUUGAUGAUAAUAAGAUAUAGUGUAAAUAAUUAAGUAAUAGAUUAUGUUCAACAUAUAAUUCUAAAUUCCGAAAAUGUUUUAUUCCAAAAAUGAUUGAUGAAUUUACUUGUAUAGAAGGAGAAUCAAAAAUAGAUUUGGAUUCUAGUUGUUUAAAAUAACAUACAUUAGAACCAUAUUAUAGAUGUUAACAAAUAAAAUAUUGUUAUUUUGAUAUAAAAAAAUAGUUCUGUUCAGAUUUUUGUUAUUAUCGAAAGAAUAAAGAAGAUUGUUUAUCUAGUGGAAAUUGUUUAUGGUCAGGAGUAGAUGAAAUUGAACAUAAUGAUUUAUUAUCAUGUCUACCUUUAUAUAGAUGUAAUCAAUUAGGAUUAGAUAUAUAUUAUUGUAAAUAUAUGCAAGAUUAUUGUGAUUGGUAAAAUCAUAAAUGUUAUUAGAUGAAUGAAGAAUAUGUAUUCUCAUUAACAUGUGAUUAAGCAUUUAAUAAAUAUGUUUGUUUAAAUAUUAUAAAAUCAGAUCAAUUAUGUAUUUGGUAUAAUGAUAAUUGUAUCAAUUUUAUUGAUUAUGAAUUGCAUUACUUAUUUAAUUCAAUCCCAAUCAUUUAUAAGAUGAAUAGAAAUAUGUGUAUAAAUUUUAAAAAGGAUAAUUGUAUUAUUUAAAUUUAAACUUAGUUAUAUUUGAUCCUAUCAAUUAUUCAUGCAUUUAUUAAACCAAACUAUAAAUUAAUUGUAAUAAUAGAAUGGUUAACAAAUAUCAUUGUUACAAUAUUCUUAAUGAUCUAUGUAAAUGGGAUGAUUAUACCAAUCAAUGUGUCUCUAUCACAAAUAUUGAUUCCCACUAUUGUAAUGAUCUAAAGAAUGUAUCCUUUAGAGUUUGUCUCUAUGCUAAAGUAAGUUACUCUUAAAAUAAUUGUUUAUAUAAUUGGGAUUUAUUUUCUUGUUAUGAAGGAUCUAAUUAAAUUAAUCUUAUAUAAUCAGAGACUGAUUGUUAUAAUAUGAAUGUUUCUAAAUAAUUCAGAUAAUGGAAUCAAGGAAAAUGUCUAGAAUUAACCUUAUCAGAAGUUAAUAGACUUUAAUGUAUUUCAUGGAGAAAUGUUAAUCGAAAUGUUUGCAUUAUGAAUAUAUUCUACAAUUAACCAUGUAUUUAUGAUGACAAUUUAAAGUUAUGUUACAAUGAUAUCAUUAUUGAUAAUUGUUCAUCUAAUUUGAAUCGAUUUGCAUGUUAACAAUCUACUUAAAAAUGCUAUUAUGAUAUUCUUAAUGAUUAAUGCAAAGAGGCUAGUUCACAAAUAUUAGUUGAAUUAAGUUGCAAUGCCUAAAUAUCUAGAUAGGCAUGUCUUAAUAUAGAGACUCACAAUCAAAAAUGUAUGUGGGAUACUUACUAAUUUGAAUGUAGAUCUUAUGAUCAAAUUUUUUAAUAUUGUGAUUAAUUUUAACUUAAUCGACAGGCAUGUACAUCUUAAAAAGCUUCAACAUCUAUUUAGUAUCAUUAAUACAACUAUUGUUAAUUCAAUGAAAGUAAAAUGAAUUGUGAUGUAAACAAUGAUAGCAUUCCUGAUUGUGGUACUAAUCUCUCAAUUAAUAUACAUAGAUGUAUACAAUAUACAACUGGAACUUGUUUUUUUGAUUAGAACAAAUGUUUAGAAGUAUCAAAUACUUCAAGCAGAUUAGAUUAAUUAUACUUAAAUGAACUUUUGUGUGAAUAAGCAAAUUCUGGUGCUUGUUCGUAAAUUACAAAUCCUUCUUAAGGAUGCAAAUUCCUUAACUUUUAAUAAUUUGACUAUAUAGAUGCAAAGUGUGUUAAUUAAGAUUUUAAUAAAUCUACUUGUUCUAAGAGUUCUAUAAGUUCUUCAACAAAUAAAGUUAUUUGCAGCAAAGCAACAGAUAAUUGUUACUUUUCUUCAACUAAGUGUUAAGCCUACACAUCAACUUCUCCUGCUUAUUGUAAUACACCAUCUAUUUCAUUAACAGGUUGUGUAUCAGUAACAGUUGGUAAGUGUAUUUUUUAUCAAGAUUAAUGUUAAUAUUUUACAGAUCAUGCUACAGCUGCAUGUGAAUUAAGAAAUUAUUAAGCAUGUGUUACUAGCAAUUAUUUAAAAUGUGUAUAUAAUACAACUUCAAAGAAAUGUGCAUCAUCAAGUUCAGAUUGCUCUAAAAGAAUAGAUUCAAAUUUAUUCUAUUCUUGGUCUACUUGCUCUAUGAGUUCAUAAGAUUGUUAUGGAUUCAACUCUUAAUGUAUUAUUGGUAAAAUCAAUGAUGUACCAUGUGAUCUUCCUGGAUUAUCUUAAAGUAUUUGUAAAUCUUUAAAUAUUUACUGUGAAUUCUUUAAUGGAUAUUGUUAAUUUUAAAUUAAUAGAUAAUGUAAUGAAAUUAUGGAUCAAGAUGAAUGUGUAAAUAAUAAAAUUAAAGAUUAAUAUUGUGUAUAUCACAAUAAUUUAUGUUUUAAUAUAACUAAUAUUGACCUCCAUAAAUGUAAUCAAUUUGAUUAUACUUCAUUUCAUUUUUGCAAAAGAUAUCCUCAUUGUUCUUAUGAUUUUACUAAAAAUAUAUGCUACAGUGGAGAUAUUCUUAAAUCAACAAAUCCGGAUUGUUUAGAUGAUAAUUCUAAUGAUAUUAUGUAUUAAUAUCAUAAUAAUGAAUGUAUUUAAAUCUAAUAAAACAUACCAAAUUGUCUUAAUAUCUAAAAUAUUUAAAUCAAUUAUAAUCUGUGUUAAACAAUUAGUAAUUAAGAUAAUAACAAUUGUGCAUAUGAUUUUAAAACUCAUCUUUGUAAACUUACAUACUAUUCUCAUUUUUAAAAUUGCUCUGAAAUAACUACUGAAAUUCAAUGUAUAUUUGCUAAUUUAUUAUGUUAUGCUAAUUAUGCUAAUUCCAUUUAUUAAUAUUGUUCAUCUUCAUAAAUAUUAACUACAAAUAAAAUUAAUCGAUAUGGUUGUAUAAAAAAUUAAAGUGGAAAUUAUUUAUUUAAUAAUGAUGAUUGGACAUGUCCUACAGUUUCACUUACAACAGAUAAUUUAAAAUUAUUAUAAUAUUCAAAUUAAUUGAAUUAAAAAGCAUGCUUUGUUCAUGGAUCAGUCUAUUCUCCAAAUUUAUAUUUGAAAUGGUAAAAUGAUUAAUGUGUUAAAUUAACUUUUAAGGAAGCAAUGAAUUUAUCUUCAUGUACUAAUCUUAAUAAAAGUGCUUGUUUAGCUGUAUCCAAAUUAAAUUGUUAAUGGAAUAUCACUGAUUACAUCUGUUUAGAGGAUAAAACUACAAAUUUUGUAGUUACUUAAUGUGAAGCUUAAGUGAUUUCUAAUACAAAUUUACUCAAUUCUCAAGGUUUAUGUUCCUAAAUCUCAUAAAGUGGUUUAAAAUGUAUCUAAAAAUCAACUUAUUAAGGAUGUGAAUCAUUGUCUACUACUAAAUAUAAAUCUCUAUUUAAAUGUACAGGUUUAGGAUUGAAUAGAGAAGCUUGUUUAAUGGAAACUAAACUAACUUAUUGUUAUUGGAGAGAUGGACUUUGUGAUAAUGCCAAUUUCUAAUUAUAAAAAUGUGAUGAUGAUGUAUCAGAAUAUACAUGUAAAAAUAUUACAACUUAAAUUUGUUAAUGGAUUAAUUCAAAAUGUUCAAUAAAAAUUGAAGAUUUCUCUUUUUGUGAACUUUCAAAUGGUUAUAUUUCCUUUUGUUUAAACAAUGAAAAUUUAAAAUGUAAAUACAAUCAAUAAAUUCAUUAAUGUGAAAACUUUACAUAUACUCCAUUAGAAUGUGAUAAUACUUAUAGUAAAUUUGCUUGUCGUAAUGUUAUUAAUUAAACAUGCUAAUGGAAUAAUAAUUAAUGUCAAGAAUUAAUACAUAUAACAUCAUGUAAUUCUAUAUAUAAUAAAUAAUCUUGUUUAUUGAAUGAAUAAUUCAGUUGUAUAUGGGAUAGUACUAAAGGUUGCCUAUAAUUUGUUUCUGAUUAAAAAUUUCAUUAUUUAAAUUUACCAGCUACAGCCAACAAAUCUGUAUGCAUCAAUUACUCAAUUUAAGAAACUACAUAUACAUAAUUCAAAUGCACAAACAUCCUCAAUUAUGAUCAAAUUAAAGAUAAAACUUCAAUCAAUCUUGGUUCUCCAAUAAUCAAUAAUCAAUGUCAGAAUUAAAUUACUUUAUCAGAUUGUCUCUAAGUACAUAUGCCAAAAACUUAUUGUUAGUGGAUUAAUAAUUAAUGCAUUGAAAUCAAUGAUGAUUAAAUAUUUUCAAUUCUAACUUGUGAUUCUGACAUCAAUAUUUGGACUUGCCUUAAAAUUAAUAACCCAUCUGAAAAUUGUAAAUGGUCUAAUUAAAAGUGCUUAUAUUUUCAAAAAGAUGAUAAAGAUCUUUUUAACAUUAAUAUUAAUGUUUGUAUGAAUUUUACUUAGAAUAUGGUGUAUUUUAAUCAUUCUUGUUUAACAUAAGAUGAUAUAAAUUGUAAUUCUUUAGGAAUUAGUAAAUUUACAUGUAUAAAUAAUUAAAAGUAUGCUUGUCAAUAUAUCAACAAUUAAUGUAUAAAUUUUUAAAUAACUAAAAAAUACACAUAAUGUAAUGAAAUUAAUGAUGUUUCUAUAAAAGCUUGUUAAUUAAUUCCUUAAUUAAAAUGUUAAUAUGGUAAUAGAAAUAACUGUGUAAAUUACAGUGAUAGUACAUAAUUAGAAGGUAUAUCUAAGUAUGCUUGUUUAAAUAAAAAUGGUUUUUAUUAUUGGCAUAAUAAUUAAUGUAAAUAAAUCGAUAUAAAAAUUGUAUGUGAUGAUGAUCUAUAAGUUACUAGAUAAUCAUGUGUAUUAAUAAUGGAUAAAUUGUGUCUUUAUAACAUUACAAAUUAUACUUGUACUAGUAUUUAUAAUCCUCAUUAAUUGAAUUGUUCAACUAGUGGAUUAAACAAAAAAGGAUGUAUGUUAGUUUUAUAUGAACCUUGUAUAUUUAAAGAUAAUUAAUGUUAAUUAAUGAAUAAUUAUAAUGAAUCAUAUAUGACUUUAAGAAAUGUAAAUGAACUGACAUGUAGAAUGUUAGUUAAUGAUUAUGUUGAAUAUAAUUAAAUUGAAAAUAGAUGUACUUAUUAAUUAACUAAUACUAAAUGCGGCAAUUUAAAUAUUAAUGCAUGUAAAUAAUUAACAUAUUGUGUAUGGAAUUCUGAUUAUUAGAAAUGUGGUUGUAAUGAUUCACCUUAAAUUUGUUACAAUUUAGGUAAAAAUGAAUGUUAGUAAUAAAGUUUGUGUCAAUUUUAAAAAAAUAUGUGUUUAUUGAAAUAAUGUCAUCACUUAUUAGAAAAUGAUUGUUCAGGAUAAAGUCUGAACAAUUUAAAGUGUUAUUUAAAUAUAUUUAAAUAAUGUACUUAAGCAAGUAAAUGUGAAGAUAUUAUUGAUUCGCAAGAUUGUUAAAAUAUAUAUUUCAAUGGAACUGCUUGUUUAUAGAUACCUAAUACAAGUUUAUGUUAUUCAUUUAAUAAUUUUGAAUUAAUAUGUAAAUAUUCAGCAUAAUGUCUAAAUUAAUAUUGCAUUUACGAUGGAAUGUGUAGAUUGAAAUAAUGUUCAGAUAUAUAGAAUUAAUAAGAAUGUGAAUUUACAAAGAAUUGUGCUUUUAUCAAUACAAGUUGUUAAUCUAUAAAAUCUUGUUAUUAAGUAUAUGAUCCAAUAAUAUGUAAUUAACUGACAAUUAACAAUUAUAAAUGCAAUUGGUAAUAAUAAAAUCUACUUGAUAAUACUAAAAUAUGUACAUCAAAACCAUGUGAGAUGUUAGGAACAUCUUAAUCCUUAUGUCAUGGCAAUGAAAUAAAUAAUUAUUCUUGUGUCUUAAGGAAUUAUAAAUGUGUUUAAUGUGAAUCUAUAAAAGAAUCUUGUGAAUGUAAUUCAUAUAAAGGAAUAUGCUAUUAUACUAAUAAUCUUUGUUCCUCACAUUUGUGUAAUGAUUUGAUGACAACUGAAAUUUGUUAACAGUCACCUAAAUGUUAAUGGAGUUUAUCAUUAAAUUAAUGCACAUUAUUAUGCAAAUUCAAUUAUGAAAAAGAACUAUGUUAAACAAGAAUUAAUGAAUGUCAUUGGAAUUAGUAUAUUAGAUUCUGUGAAGAUGGUCCUCAAUAAACACCGAAAUUAUACAAUUCAACAAAAUAAAAUUCAAAUUAUUAUUCCCAUUUACUACUUACAUUUUUAAUCAUAUUAAUUUUAUGA